GUGCACCUCUGCAACCGCCCGGCAACCCGUCUGGUCGCCCACGUCACCGUCCCGGCUCUCCUCAGCCUCAUCGCCUCUUUCUCGACCUCGACUCCACUCCACCCCGACGUCGGCACGAGCGGCAAAUCCAGAACGACAAACUCGACGAGAACGCUCUAUUAGAUCGCCAUGCCGGCCCUCCAGCAGUCGCAGGCCGAGACGACGAUCCGGUGCUGCUCCGAGAUCGUGCGCCGCCUCCUCGAGGCGCACGACAAGGGCGAGUCGGUCAACCUCAACGCGCUCAAGACCCAGGUCGCCAAGAAGUACGGCGCCAAGGUCGUCCCUCGCCUCGUCGACAUCAUCAGCGCCGUCCCGCAAGACGUCCGCGACAUCCUCCUCCCCAAGCUGCGCGCAAAGCCCGUCAGGACGGCCAGUGGUAUCGCCGUCGUCGCCGUCAUGAGCAAGCCGCAUCGGUGCCCGCACAUCGCCAUGACCGGCAAUAUCUGCGUGUACUGCCCAGGAGGACCCGACUCGGAUUUCGAGUACUCGACGCAGUCCUACACGGGCUACGAGCCGACAUCUAUGCGCGCUAUCCGGGCGCGCUACGACCCGUAUGAGCAGUCCAAGGGCCGGGUCGAGCAGCUGCGGUCGCUCGGGCACAGCGUCGACAAGGUCGAGUUCAUCGUCAUGGGCGGCACGUUCAUGUCGCUGAGCGAGAACUACCGCGACGGCUUCAUCGCGCAGCUCCACAACUCGCUGUCGGGCUACACGGGCAACAACAUCGACGAGGCAGUCCGCUACGCCGAGCAGGCCAAGACCAAGUGCAUCGGCAUCACGAUCGAGACUCGGCCAGAUUACUGCCUGCGGCCUCACCUGAGCGCCAUGCUCCGUUACGGCUGCACUCGUCUCGAGGUCGGCGUCCAGUCGGUGUACGAGGACGUUGCGCGCGACACGAACCGCGGGCACACGGUCCAGGCGACGUGCGAGAGCUUCCAGAUGGCCAAGGACGCCGGCUUCAAGGUCGUGUCGCACAUGAUGCCCGACCUCCCGAACGUCGGCGUCGAGCGCGACAUGGCCCAGUUCCACGAGUACUUCGAGAACCCGGCGUUCCGCUCGGACGGCCUCAAGAUCUACCCGACGCUCGUCAUUCGCGGCACCGGCCUGUACGAGCUGUGGCGCACCGGCCGGUACAAGAACUACAGCCCGAACGCGCUCGUCGACAUCGUCGCGCGCAUCCUCGCCCUCAUCCCGCCCUGGACCCGCAUCUACCGCGUGCAGCGCGACAUCCCCAUGCCGCUCGUCUCGUCCGGCGUCGAGAACGGCAACUUGCGCGAGCUCGCCAUGGCCCGCAUGCGCGACUUUGGCCUCACUUGUCGCGACGUCCGCAGCCGAGAAGUCGGUCUUCACGAGAUUCACCAUCGCGUGCGGCCCGACGAGCUCGAGCUCAUCCGCCGCGACUACACGGCCAACGGCGGGUGGGAGACGUUCCUGUCGUACGAGGACCCAGAGGCCGACAUCCUCGUCGGCCUGCUGCGUCUGCGCAAGUUGACGCCCGAGGGCACCUUCCGUGAGGAGCUGCUCAAGGACGGGCAGACGAGCAUGGUCCGCGAGCUGCACGUCUACGGCACGGCCGUCCCGCUCCACUCGCGCGACCCGACCCUGUUCCAGCACCAGGGCAUCGGCACCCUGCUCAUGGAGGAGGCCGAGCGCAUCGCGCGCGAGGAGCACGGCAGCCGCAAGAUUGCCGUCAUCAGCGGAAUCGGCGUCCGGAGCUACUACGCUCGCCUCGGGUACACGCUCGAAGGGCCGUACAUGACGAAGAUGCUCGACCCGCUCGACGAUGACGAGAUCUUCUGA